CUCCUCUCGCGCCAACCAUAAGCUGCUGCCUCGUUCACUCUGUGGCAGUCAGACUCUGACAGGACCAUGGCCCUGAUGCAGGCUCCAGGGGGCCCCAGCCCUGGGCAGACCUGCGCACUGAUCCUGAUCUUCACCGUGCUCCUGCAGGCCCUCUGUGUGGCCGUGACUUACGUGUACUUCACCAACGAGCUGAAGCAGAUGCAGGACAAGUACUCCAAAAGUGGCAUAGCUUGCUUCUUAAAGGACGAUGACAGUUCUUGGGAUGCCAGUGAUGACGAGAGUAUGAUCAACCCCUGCUGGCAUGUGAAGUGGCAACUCCGUCAAUUUGUUAGAAAGAUCAUUUUGAGAACCUAUGAGGAAACCAUUCCUUCAAUUCCAGAAAAGCAGCAAAAUAUUCCUCACCUAGAAAGAGAAAAAGGUCCUCAGAGGGUAGCUGCUCACAUAACUGGGACCAAUCGGAAAAGCACAUUCUCAGUUCUAAGCUCCAAGAAUCAAAAAGCUUUGGGCCAGAAAAUAAAUUCCUGGGAGUCGUCAAGAAAAGGACAUUCAUUCUUGAAUAAUUUGCACUUGAGGAAUGGAGAGCUGGUUAUCCACCAAACAGGGUUUUAUUACAUCUAUUCCCAAACAUACUUUCGAUUUCAGGAAACUGAGGAGGUUUUGGGAACAGUUUCAACAGAAGAGAACAGAAAGAAAAACAAACAAAUGGUACAAUAUAUUUACAAAUGCACGAGCUAUCCUGACCCCAUACUGCUGAUGAAAAGUGCUAGAAAUAGUUGUUGGUCUAAAGAUUCAGAAUAUGGACUCUAUUCCAUCUAUCAAGGUGGAAUAUUUGAGCUCAAGGAAAAUGAUCGAAUUUUUGUCUCUGUCACUAAUGAGCAAUUGAUUGACAUGGAUCAAGAAGCCAGUUUUUUCGGGGCCUUUUUAAUUGGCUAAAUGAUCUGCAAAGAAAAAACAGUGCCCCCAGAGAGACCUUUCACUUUUCAGAGUGAUACACUGUGAAAAGACUGCAAAAGAGCUGACAAAAUAAGGCAGCCUGAGCAGAGCAGCCUCAAUCACGAGACUCUACAACACAAGCUUUUUUGGUAUCUCUGAAAAGUGACCAACGUACUCCCAGACAGAGAAACUGACAAAAGACCUUCUGAGACUCUACCUGAUAUCAGCUUGCUAGCAGAAAUCUAGAAGGUUCUCAGUUUACAAACAUUUGCGUAGCAAUUAACGUCUUCCGCCUUAACCGUCUACUCUUGCGAAGAUACCAGAAGACUGAAAGUUCACGGUCAGGGUAUGCAGUGUGCCAGGGGAGUUGGUGCAGUGUGGGGCCUUGUGGGAGUUGUCCUGUACCCUCGUACUCUUGGAAGUAAGAAAAUUCCAUUCGAAAUCGUAUCAUUUCACUAAACAAAUUAAAGUUAUGUUUAGUGAACAAGGAACUAUUUUCAGUUGGCCAAAAAGUUCGUUCGGGUUUUAUGUACUCAUAUGUAAAAAUCCGAACGAACUUUUUGGCCAACCCGAUAUUUCUGAAUGGCUUGUGCUUUUCAUUCCCAGAAGUCAGGCUGACCGAAAGCACUGAAGGUAUUUUUGAUAAAAGACUCUAAAAUGAAUGAUAAGCUAAUCAGAAAUCGGGAAUUUGGCCCCUUGUGAGCAGGAGAACUGGGAAAGUGGGGGAAAAAAAAAAAAGAACUGUUUGAUAGUGUAACUUAAGGAUGGGCAAGAAUUAAUUAUGACUUUAUAUUUUUAUACUAAAAUUUAAAAAUACAUGUUUCUUUUUCAAUAAAAAUGACGUUAAAAUAUGUA